AUGGACACGGAGGCUGUUGCCGCCGCCAAGCUGGAGGCCGAGGGCGGAAAGGCCGUCAACGUCGAAGCCAGCGGCGCGCCCGACGCCGAGGCAGAGGGAAACGGAGCCCGCCCGGGGAAGAGCUCUAGGAAGAGACGCAAGGUCAACCAUGCUGCUCCUCCCGCGCCGCUGCAGCACAUGACUUGCGAUCUCGAGAGGCCAUGCGCGCGGUGCAUCAAGCGAAACAUCGGCCACCUGUGCCACGACGAACCUCGCGAGGCCGAGACCAAGAGGCUCAAGAACAGCACGAAGCCGACCAUGGUCAAGGGUGCGGGAGAAGGCGAUGCGCAAUCCCAGGCGCCGUCAGAUGCAACCCGCUCCUCCGUUUCCACCGCCAUGGGCCCGCCCCCCAGUUUUGACGCCGCGAGCCAGCCGGCCUCGAGCGGCUUCGACUCCAACGCCGUCAUGGGCGCCGGCCAAGCCGGCCAGAUGCCACUUGUGCAACCGAACGAGUUGAAUAGCAGCGCGAGCCGUAACGCGAACCAAUUUGCUGGCUUCUCCGACGCCUGGUUGACGGCCCAAAAUUUCAAUGACAUGAAUAGCUACAACAAUCCCAACUACAUGAUUGCGCCCCAGGUUACGCACGAGUUCAACCUGCUCAACGACUUCCUACACAGCGGCCUGCUGGAUGAUGGCGCCGCGCCGCCCGACGGCAUCCAGCAGAGCACGACAGCGAGAACGGCAACCCAACCCGACAUGGUUCCCAGCUUCGGCGGCCGAGAAGGCCGACCCGCCGCCGGCCCUGGCCUGAUGGGCCACGAGGGCUCCAUGCCGCCGCCGCCGACGACGUCGGACAAGACGCGGGAGUACUAUCUCCAGGCGGCCGACCCCUCCGGAAACGACAAUGCCGAGGAGCGCAUGGCGCGCGUCCUGAGGGCCAAGUACGACGCCGGCUUGCUCAAGCCCUUCAACUACAUCAACGGCUACGCCCGACUGGGCAAGUAUCUCGACGGCCACAUCGCCGCUUCGUCGAAGCAGAAGAUCCUGCGGACCAUCAAUCAGUUCCGCCCCAAGUUCCGCGAGAAGGCCCAGGGCCUCACCGACAUGCAGCUCGUCUAUGUCGAGAUGUGGUUCGAAAAGCAGCUCAUGGACUACGACCGCGUCUUUGCGAGCAUGGCCGUACCCGCCUGCUGCUGGAGGAGAACGGGCGAGAUAUUCCGGGGAAACAAGGAGAUGGCCGAGCUGAUCAACGUCCCCGUCGACCAGCUGCGAGAUGGUCAAAUCGCACUGCACGAGAUCCUCACCGAGGAGUCCAUGGUCCGCUACUGGGAGGAAUUCGGCACGAUCGCCUUCGACCCGGACCACGAAACCUUGUUGACGGCGUGCUCGCUCAAGAACCCGAGCGACACGUCUGACCAUCCCAUCGUCAAGUGCUGCUUCUCCUUUACCAUCCGUCGGGACGAGCACAAGCUACCAGCGCUGAUUGUCGGCAACUUCCUGCCGCACGACCCGCCCCUGAAUUAG